GAUUGAUGGAACCAUUCCCACGUCCUACACAUCGCUGCUACAAGCACAAUCUCAAUAUGGACGCUAUCGCUGCAGCAGUCGGACUAGGACCUCAUAUUUUACACUGUGUCUUCUUCAAGUUCAUGAUUGACGCUGAACCACAUCUCGUUAGCAAGACAUGCGCUGACUUCGUCGGCUUAGCUGAUGCAUGUAAGAAUAAAAAGGGCAAGACGUACAUCAAGAGCAUUGAAGCUGGUGCAGAUGUAUCCAUUGAAGGGAAAGCGAAAGGAUUUACGCAUGGCUUUGUAGUGCGAUUUGCUAGCCUUGAUGACCGAGACUAUUACAUCAAAGAAGACCCGAAUCAUCUCGGUAUGCGAUGCGCUUGAAAGUGAACUCAGCUGACAUGCAAGGAUUCGCAGCGGCGGCAAAGGCUUCCAAGCUCGAAGAUGUCAUGGUCUUUGACAUGGUUGUUGGCAAGUUCAAGCCAAACAAGGCGACAGUGCUUUGAGAAAGAGCUACUUCUCGGAAAUAAG